AUUCCUUUCCUCUGUAAGUAAACGGGAGAAAAACCUUGGUGUUUUCUGCCUGUGUGUGACAAAAAGGGAGGGGAAGGACCCGAGGAACCUCCUGUGCUUUUUCCCUCUUCCAGCUGCUGUUCCAGCUGUGCUGGAAUGCAGGGAUACUCCUGGGCUGCUUUAUCCAAACCCAAACUAAGCAACUGCUCCACCAGACUUUAAGCUGGGUUUAAAAAGCCCAUUGUUAAAUAUUAACACAUUAAUAAUUGGUCUGUUUUUCCUGAGCAGCCUCUGCUGCUUUUUGGGUGGCACCACCUUCUUUCCUGGUGUCAUUUUGGACACAAUUCCUGCUUUUCCUUAUGUUUCCCCCUUUUUAUCACUCUGCAUCUCAAAUCCGCACUUUCAAGGCUCACAAUCACAGCCCUUUGCCUAAACCACUUUGCCCAUGGAGAAAAGGAAAUCAGCUCUAAGGAACCACUUGGUUUUGUACCAGACAAUUCCUAAAGCUGAUUUUGGGACAUUUUUUUCACCUACCUUGUUCUAAUUGUAAUUAAGCAGCUCAGACUGGGAGCCUGGUAUUGGUUUUCCCUCUGCCCGAAAAAAAUUGAUGUAAACUUGAGUGGCCUGGUGUAUAAAAAAACAGAUUUCCCUCUAAAACCAUGAUGCCUAAACCUGGAAUUCCCAGGCUGUUGAUGCUGUUUCAUCGGGCUGAGGUUUGAUCUGAUCCCUGGAGAGCUCCCAUGGAUUUUUUACAGGGCUCAGGCCUCGCCUACAACCUGGAUUUUUUCAAGUCUGACUCCUCCUUUCUCUCCUGAUCCCAGAACUUGUUCUUUCCCUGGAAAUCCAGUGGGAUUCCUGCAGGAAUAAGCACUCUCCUGUAAUCCUGGGAUGCAUCAGCCAUGCUGGAAGCGACACUGAGGAGUUAAAUCCGAGCAGCUGCUGCUUUAUUUGGAGUGGCUGGUAAUUUUCUGCCUUUGAUGCAGAGUGGGGGAUGUAAUCAGGGUGCCUGAAUGGAGAAUUUUCAGGAUAUUUUGGUGAGACAGCAGGGAAAGGAAAUCAAGGGCAGCCUCUUGCUGGGUGAGGAAAUUAAAUAUAAAAACUUUAAGCUGAAUUGCCACCAAACUGGAAUCUUCUUAUGCUGGAGAGCUGUUUAAAAUAGUACUUAACUCGAGGCUGGAAACAAAAUAGUACUUAACUCGAGCCUGCUGAACUGUUGAUUAUAAAAUAAUGCAGUUUCCUCAGGGGUGGGAGAUGUGUUCUCUCACAGGGGGAGCUGCUGGCUUUGCUUUGCAUCAGGAGUGGUCCAAAAUGCUCAGAAAUUGGGCAAAUUGGAUCCCAUCCCAUUUUCCCACACCAACUCACUGCAGCUGAAGGGAGAGGAAGGGGGGAGCUCCUUUCCUACGGCCUCAGGUUGUGCCAGGGGAGGUUUAGGUUGGAAACUGGGACAAAAUCCUUCAUGGAAAGUGUCAGGCGCUGGAAGGGUGGAAUUGCCGUCCCUGGGGGGGUUCCAGAUGUGGCACCUGGGGACACAGUUUGGGGGUGGCCCUGGGCAGGGCUGAGGCCACACUUGGACCUGGUGGUCUUGAAGGUCUUUGCUGACCUUAACAGCUCUAAAAUUUUGUAUUUUGGAGCUCCUGGGGAGGAGAAGCUGAUUUGUAUCUCAGAGAAGGAUUUCCUGGGAACUUCCUGGCUUGGGAUGUGCCACCAUGAGAUGCCACUGCCACCCUCAGCUGUCAUUUACUGAGGUGGCACAGCCAGUGCCACCCUGCUGGGCUGGGACAGAUGAGUGUCACCACUGCCGUGUGUGACAGAGCAGUGCCACCCUGUCCUGUCGCAGGUCCCUGCCCUCACUGCUCACUCGGACAGCAGUGCCAGCAUCCCUGUCUGUUCCUGAGAUCCUGGAAAUCUUUGUGCCCGGAGCAGGGAUUGGGAGGAAAACUCCCCGUGGGGUGCAGAGGGCAGAGGAGGAGAGAGCUCUGCCAGGGAUAUCCUGAGUGGGAAAGGACCCAGACGCCCCAAAAUCCCACCCUGGGCAUCCCUGGGAACAGUGUCCAACACUCCUGGAGCUCCGGCAGCCUCGGCCCGUGCCAUUCCCUGGGAGCUGUCCCGGUGUUUAUUCCAGAACCUUCCCUGCUCUCCAGCCCGCCCUUGCCCUGAGCCAGCUCCAUGCUUUUCCUCUGCUGGAAUCCCGAAUUCCCGAGGGUAGGCGCUGCUCCAUGCGCCGGCCGCUGGUGCCAUCUACCCUCGCUCCCUGGAACAGCGGCGCUGCGGGCGGCGGCACUAAUGAGGCUUCAUUAAUUAAAUCGGGCAAAGGCCGGGACACGGGGACAAGGAGCGAGCCCGGGCUGUGUCUUCCAGGGAAUAUCGGCUCCUUGUUGGGGAGGGCUCGGGACACGUCCUGCUCUCCCUGGGCUCGGCAGAACCGGCUCGGGGUGAUGGAUCUGGGCUCGGGAAUCCCGGGAUGAUGGAUCCGGGCUCAGCAGAAGUUUCAGAGUACAAAACUUCCACGUUUGUACCGGAUUUUUAGAUGGGUUUUUUCCCUUUUUUUCCUCUGGAAAAGGAAUUUUGCAGUGGACAGUAAAUGCCAGUUUUGCACCAGCUCAGGGCAGGGAGGAGUGAUUGGUUUGGGGUCAUCUCUGAGCUGUGACUCAGCGCCUGGGCAGGGAAAUCAAGCGUCUUUUAUGCAGAAAUCACAAUAAAUUUCUGUGCUCAUUUGCAUUGAGGACCCUCAAAUCUGACUGAAAUGAUUAUUUCCCCCCUUCAACCCUCUCACUAAUUCCCAGUGACUCACCCUGUGGAUCCACACGUUCUCCCAGCUCCGAGGGGCAGAGCCAGGUCCCACCCGAGUGAAAUCCAGAGGGAUUUGGCUCCAGAGGGAAGAGCAGCCGGGUUUGGGAGCAGGGAGCGACUGCAGGAGCAGAGGGAGCUCAGUCCCCUCUUGCUCCUGACAGCGAAUCCCAGACUGGCUGGGGAAGGGAUCUGGGAAUUCUGCAGCAAGCACAAGAUCAGCAGCAGGUGAAGAGAAGAGAGGAGAGGGAGGAAGAUUUCAGCAAAGGCUGCCCAGCCCCGGAGGUGAGUGUGGGCUCCCAGGAGCAGCGGUGGGAGGCCGGAGGGAAAAUCCAAACUCUGUCAGCAGAGACCUGGAAAGGACUGAGAGCUUCCAGCACUUUUCCUGUGCUGACAGUGGGCCUGGAUUGCAGCUGGGGCUUCAGAGAUGCUGUGGGAGCAGGGAAAACGGGAAAACAUGCUCUGGAUGCUGAUGGUGAGCAAAUGAGAAACCUCGGCAGGACCGGAUAAACGGGGAAGCCAUGGAUGGGUUUUACCCCUCUGCAGGAGGAGCCGGGCAGGACGUGCUCAAUGCAACCAGCUGGGCAGAACAGAGCCACUCCCCACUGUCCCUGCGUGUGGUGACAGCCACCUGCCUGGCCUUCCUCAUCCUCUCCAAGCUGCUGGGGAACGCCCUGGUGUGCGUGGCCGUGCUCAGGUUCCCACAGCUGUGCUCCAAGGUCACCAACCUGUUCAUGCUCUCCUUGGCUCUGUCUGACCUGCUGCUGGCCGUGCUGGUGAUGCCCUGGAGAGCGGCCACUGACGUGCUGGGCUCCUGGCCCUUCGGGGCUUUCUGUGACCUUUGGGUGGCUUUUGACAUCAUGUGCUGCACGGCCUCCAUCCUCCACCUGUGCCUCAUCAGCCUCGAGCGCUCCUGGGCCAUCACCGACCCUUUCUGCCACCAGAGGAGGGUGACACAGCUCAUGGCCUCGGUCACCAUUGGGGUGGCUUGGCUGCUGUCCCUGCUCAUCUCCUUGGUCCCCGUGCAGCUGCGGUGGCACGAGGAGCCCCUGAGCUGGGAGCAGCUGGGAUUGAACAGCUCUGUGGAGGAGGGGAGCUGUGAUUCCAGCCUCAGCAGAACCUACACCAUCUCCUCAUCCCUCAUCAGCUUCUACAUCCCCGUUGCCAUCAUGCUGGUCACCUACGGCCGCCUCUUCCUCAUCGCCCGGCGCCAGCUCCGCGGGAUCUCCUCCCUGGAGAGACUGGCUGGACAAGCCUGGAGCUGCCCUCGGGAAACCUCCCCGAAAAACUCCCUCAAGAAGGAGACCAAGGUGCUCCAGACCCUCUCCAUCAUCAUGGGCGUCUUCGUGUGCUGCUGGCUGUCCUUCUUUGUGCUCAGCUGCCUGGUGCCCUUCUGCGACACCGAGCCGGGUGGCCCGGGAGCGCUGCCGUGCGUCAGCAGGACCGUGCUCAGCGCCUUCAUCUGGCUGGGCUGGGCCAACUCUGCCCUCAACCCCAUCAUCUACGCCUUCAACGUGGAAUUCCACAGUGCUUUCGCCUCCCUGCUGGGCUGGGGCUGCCUCUGCCCCGGCAGUGCCAUGGAAGCAGUGACCUUCAGCAAGGAGCUGGUGUCCUUCCACCGCGACACCGCCGGCCACAGGGCUCUGGAGACCCCCAGCCACCCCCAGCUACUGCCCCAUGCUGUGCUGCAGGUGGAAAACCACGAGGUGACCUUGGAGAGAGUUUCUCCAGGCUCCUCUCCCUGUCAGGAGCCCUUUCCUGAGUGCGGAAGCCCCAUCCAGCCAGGGAGGAUUCCCCCGCCCUCCCACAGCGCCUUCCACUAAGCCUGGGGUGGGAAAGGAGUGGUGGGAAGGUCUCCAGCAGAGAGGGAAGCUGGGACAUUCCUGUCACUGCCCGUUCUCUGAGGAGCUGAGAAUAAUGAGGGAGUUUCACCCUGAUUGCAUCACCGAGUGUGGAAUAACCAGAGUGGUUUUCCAGGUGUCUCCAGCCUUGUUUUUGUAACUGAAUUUUGGUCCCAGCCUGGGUGGGCAGCAGGGAUUUGUGUUGCUGCUUUCUCCAGUUCACCCAUGGAGAAAAAACCUCACUUUCUGCAAAAGAUGGAAAUGGAAGGGCUGGAAUUCAACUUUACCAGUGACUUCAGCUGAGAGAGCAGAGAUGGUUCAGUUUCCUGAGCCCCGCUCCAUGGUCAGGAAGUGAAAACCCUGUGGCUGCAGGGAGAGGCGGCUUUGGCCACUGCCCUUGUCCUGUGGCCACCAGCCCGAGGCUGCUGGAUGGGCACUGGCCAAAUCCAACUGGA